ACGUCACCGGAAAUAUACAUCUAUACUUCCGGUCGCCGCGCGCGCCGCGGUGGGCAGCUACAUACAGACUGAUUGAUUAGUUGGACGUCUCUCAGUUGAAUCUGUGGAGCCCCGCAAAAUAAGAUGAUGGGGCCGCUCUCCGGGCUGGGCCAGUGAUGAAACCUGCUCCUUCAGAAGUGUGCACUGCAGUAAAAAGGAUACCGUUUGCGUCCAGAAUAUUUCUUUCUCCAGCACCAAUUUUCUGUCUCCUGUGACCAUGGCAAUAGCAUUGAGAAGAGCUGUGUGGUCCAGUACUAUGUGGAUGCAUGUAGCAACAUUCAGUAGGCAGGCCUCAGUACAGAAUGGAGCAGUGCAUUGUGCUCGCCAUAAAUCUACAUAUUCAGUCCUUCCAGAAGACUAUAACUGUAAAGUGGAACUUGCCAUGACAUCGGAUGGAAGGACAAUUGUCUGCUACCAUCCUUCAGUUGAAAUUCCAUAUGAGCACACACAGCCCAUACCUCGACCAGAUCCAGUGGAUAACAAAGAAGAAACACACGAUCAAGUGCUGAAAUCUAGAUUGGAAGUGAAGGAGCUAAAGAAUAGCAAAGGUCCUACAUUUGAGGAGCUCAGCAAAAUGUUUUAUACAACAAAACAUCGCUGGUACCCUGUCGGACAGUAUCACAGAAGACGCAAGAAACUCAAUACUCCUAAAGACAGAUGAUUACAAUAAUUUGUGUCUCUGCUCUGUGUCAUUAUCCAUACUGGAAAUAAACCACAAAAACAGGAGUUUUGCUGAUCAA